CCAACUUGAAUGAACUUUGAGAAAUUUGAGCCCUCUCUCUUAGUCUUCCCCACUACAAAAAAGAUUCCCAAAGGACAAGUCCUAAGCCAAAUGACCAACCAACUCCCCCAACUUCUUUUACCCUUUUCUCUAUAUUUAUCUUGUUUGCUCCUUUGCGUAAUCAGUCCGUCCUACCCUUCGACUUCAAAGAUCACAUUGUUUUCUUUCCUCUCAUUUGGCAGGAGUGACAUUGAUCUCUAGCACUAUGCCGCCGGUUCACUCCAGUCCGUACUUCCGAAUGGACAACCCCCCGGCAAUACUAUCCCUACUCCGGCACGCGACCCGCACGGGCCCCGGCGAGAAGCGGCCCAAGUCGUCAUCCUCCUCCUCCUCUACCGGCGGCGUCUUCCGCCUCUUCAAGCUCCUCCCCAUGCUGACCACGGGGUGCAAGAUGGUCGCGCUCCUCGGGCGGCCCCGGAAGCCACUCCUCAAGGACGGCGCGACGACGGUGACCAUCUUCGGGUACCGGAAGGGCCGGAUUUUCCUGGCCAUCCAGGAAGACCCUCACUGCAUGCCCAUCUUCGUCUUGGAGCUCCCCAUGCUGACCAGCGCCUUCCACAAGGAGAUGGCGAGCGAGAUCGUGAGGAUCGCGCUGGAGAGCGAGACGAGGACGCACAAGAAGAAAGUGAUGGAGGAGUUCGUGUGGGCCGUGUACUGCAACGGGAGGAAGGUGGGCUACUCCAUCCGGAGGAAGCAGAUGAGCGACGACGAGGUGCACGUGAUGCAGCUGCUGCGAGGGGUGUCGAUGGGCGCCGGCGUGCUCCCGUCGCCGCCUCCGUGCGAGAAGGAGGGGCCGGAGGGAGAGUUGACGUACCUGAGGGCGAGGUUCGAGAGGGCGGUCGGGUCGAAGGACUCGGAGGCCUUGUACAUGAUCAACCCGGACGGGGCACAAGGGCCGGAGCUCAGUAUUUUCUUUGUCAGGGUUCGCUAAGCCGGUAAUACUAUGCGUGGCCGAUCAAUACUUGUAGCUCUUGUAGCAUAGAGUUUGAUCACUGAUCUCUCUCAUCUUCUUCUUCUUCUUCCUCCUUUCUUCCUGGGGUGAACAAUCUUGCAACAUAUGGUUGUAUUCACUUGAAAGAAGGGAUGUUGAAUGAGUAGUGACAGAAUUUCAGUCAAGCUACAACUUAGAGUUAAAAGAGUAUGUAUGAGUUCAUAUUCUAUAUUGAUCAUAUGUUGAUUACAGCAGCAAAGCAAUAGUAUUUAUUUA